AUGAUGCUCUCGACCUUGGCUGCCGUCGUCGCCUCGCUCGCCCUGGGUACAUCCGCUGCCCCCGUCCCGUCACCGGACGCGGCGGAAGGCCUGGACAUCUCGACCACGCUGCAGAACAUCCUGUCCAACACGCACAACAGUGACGCGUAUACGUAUCCGACGGACCUGACGAGAGGAAUUGUGCCGAAACCAAUCCACUCACACAAUGACUACUGGCGAGACAUUCCCUUCUACACGGGUCUGUCGUUUGGCUGCAUCUCGACCGAGGCCGACGUCUGGCUCUACAACGACACGCUGUACGUGGGCCACGAGCGGUCGGCGCUCACGACGUCCCGGACGUUCGACAGUCUCUACGUCCAACCCAUCCUGGACACUCUGCGGCGCGAGAACCCGACGACGCAGUUCGUGAGCAGCCCGACAAAGAACGGCGUCUUCGACGCGUCGUCGGGCCAGACGCUCUACCUCUUCGUGGACCUCAAGACCGACGGCCCGUCCACGUGGCCCGUCGUGGUCCGACAGCUCCAACCCCUCCGCGAGGCAGGGUACCUGACGACGUUCAAUGGCACGGGCAUCACGCCGGGCCCCGUGACGGUGAUAGGCACGGGCAACACGCCGCUGGACCAGGUGCAGGGCGUCGACGACCGGGACUACUUCUUCGACGCCAACCUCGCGCUGCUGAGCACGACGCAGUCCAACAUCACGCGCGACGUGAGCCCCGUCGCCUCCACCCAGUUCAGCAAGUACUUUGGCACCAUCAACGGGACGACGUUCAACGGCACCCAGCUCGCCACGCUCGGCGAACACAUCGCCGUCGCCCAGGAGAAGGGCAUCCUGGCUCGGUACUGGGACACGCCGGCCUGGCCCGUCAAGACGAGGAACGCCGUGUGGGAGACGCUGAUCGAAGCCGGCGUUGGUCUGUUGAAUGCCGACGAUUUGGCCGAGGCCGCCGGGUUCGGCGGCGUCAAUGGAUAUUGGUGA